CUCGUGACUUCGAGAUUGGGUAUCUAAGGAAGUAACAUAAAGGUAUUCAACUAAAUGCAGUAGAAUGACGCGACGUUAUCUUUCAGGCCAUUUUGGACUUGGUAAUAUCAUGGCGGUGUGCAUUUCUCAUCGUCGUAGAUUAAUGAUAUCUUUUAUCAUAAUGGCAUUUGGAGUAUUGACGUACCUUGAAUUUUAUCGACCAACUCGUCCACCGACAUGUAAUGAAGAUAUAGAUUUAUUACAGUGUUCAAAUAAGCAAUCGAUUUCUGAUGACACCCUUGAGACAAAUGAUAAACGCAAAGUUGUGAGUGUAGCAAAGAAAAUAGUACAAUCUGGUGGCUUGGUGAUGGUCACAUUUAUGAACAAAGCAUUUAAACCAUUUCUCGCCAAUUGGAUUUGCAGUACCAUAGACAAAAUCAAAGAAUCGCAUAUCUUAAUUGUAGUGACUGAGGAAAGUGUAUACCUUGAAAUUCGUUCUCUGUAUCCAAAAUUGAAUGUUGUUUACUUGAGUAGCUUUAAAAGAAUCAACGAAAAGCAAAAGUACUGUUCUGCAGGAUUUAUGCGGAUUGGCAUUUACAGAACCCUGGUAGUUAAUUGGAUAAUACAAGAAAAUAUGCCCGUAUUUCUAUUUGAACUUGACGCAUUGUGGAUAAGAAAUCCUUUAUCAUUUAUUAAUCAUACAGAAGAGUAUGAUUUAGCCAUUAUACCAACCUAUGAAAAAUCGUUCGAAGCAGCUAUUGGGUUUUAUUAUAUGAAAGUAAAUGAACGGAUGAAGACAUUUUGGAGAGAAUUAACACGUCGUCUCUUUCACUUGAAGAACCUGUUCUCCUGUUUAAAAAACGAAGAUCUAGUUAGGGAGAAAGAUAAUGAUCAGAUGGUUUUGCAUGAUAUGAUCAAAGAACACUAUGAAAAUCUUAUUAUAUACUUUUUACCUUUAGAUAGAUAUAUUGAUGGGAAGUGGUACAGAAAGCCGGAUAGACGAGUGCUAAGGGACGCUGUGAUAUUGAAUUUUAAUUUCAUCAUCGGGAUAGAUGCCAAAAUAGUUCGUGCGAAACACUUUGGGCACUGGUUUGUUGCCAAUGAUAAUGUUACAUGUCUUACUGGUUUGUAUGAACGUUUUCGUAAUCAUUUAACCGAAUUGCAAUAGUGAAAUAUUAAUUAAAAGACGAAUGCAAUCUUAAUAAAGAACUAAAAUUCAAAA